CUGAAGCCCAAGGUCCCGCUAUUCUUAAAGCGUAUAACGCUAGGAUUUCAAACUGGCUUCGUCCUACUUUUAGGCGUGCCCGAACGAGCGGGGUAAGGCCUGGAUGGUGUUCGGAUGAGGUGUGGGCUAACCUCGUCCGUCACUGGUCUUCUGAUCCGAACUUCUUGGCAAGAAGUCAAUCUGGUAAGAAAAACCGGAUGUUCGAGAAGGCCUUGGAAACCCAAUGGCACGGGGGGCGCAAACCUCAGAGUAAACAUAAAGAAGAUCUUGCGGGGCCUGAGAUGAAGAAGGUCUCAAUUCUCAAGGUCAUUAAGCACUGCUGGACGAAGCACGGC